AUGACGCCAACGGACGGUGACGUCACCUGGCUCCCCCUAGUAACCCUCGUCGGCGUCUCGGAAGACACCUGGAGAAAGAUGGUGAGAAAUUUAUGUCAUAGUGCAGAAAGGAAGCGAUUUGAGGAAACGGGGCAGGAGCUGGCCGAGCUGCUGGAUGAGGAGAAACUUAGUGGCGUACCUGUUUUGAUCUUUGCCAAUAAGCAAGACCUGCUGACUGCUGCUCCGGCCUCUGAGAUCGCAGAGGGACUGAACCUGCGCACCAUUCGGGACCGCAUGUGGCAAAUUCAGUCCUGCUCUGCACUUACAGGAGAGGGGGUUCAGGAUGGCAUGAACUGGGUCUGCAAGAACGUUACAGCAAAGAAGAAGCAGUGAGUCUAAUAUUUCUCAUUUGCAUUUUCUUAUUUUCAACACUUAAGCUCUAAUUAUAUCCAUAAAUCUUUUUUGUAUGUCUGUAUGAAGGGGCAGAUUUAAUGGAGAAAGUCAAAUGAGUAAUUUCAAGUCUUAAGCCCAAAACACACUGCACGAUUUUAACAAUCCUAUAAGACCACUGCAUGUCACACUGUGCGACAUGGAUCUAAUGAACUUGGCUACGACGUGUGUAGACUAUACGGUGAUGACACCUAUUGACUCGUACUACAGAAGAAUAAACGUCAUCAGCAUGCGCUAGUGGUAAACAAAAAGAGCAUGAUAAAUCACACUUUAACAGUUGUAUUUUUUAUGGAAGCGGUGAAAGAGUAAGAGAUAACAUAAGCCACGAUAACAGAAAUCGCCACGAUUGUUUCACAAUGUCAAUCUUUCAUCUGGCACAGACGAAAAUCAUGCAGUGUGUUUAGGGCUUUACCGGCAGAGAUUAAUAUGCACAUUGACUAAAAUAAUUACUUUCAGGUGUGUGACAGCAGAGGCUGUACAUUCUCAUUCAACACACUUACAGGGAUUGUUCACCCAAAAAUAAAAAUUCUCUCAUUAUUAC